AACCAGCAGAAACGGGGUUAAUUCGAGCCUUAUAAGGCUGUUCAGCAGCACUUCAACUGCACACAAAUUAGAACAACCCUGGGAAUCUUUAAAGCUUGUUUUAUUGCCAAGGACAUGCAGCAAGAUCUGCAUUUUGCUGUCGUAAACUAUCCUUUAUUUAAGACGUUUUCAAACAGAAGAGACUUUUAUAUGCUUUAACUGCUGAAUUGUCAACAGGUGGCAUGGACUGCAGCUUUUGCACACCUAAAUACAAGUGUUUUUUUUACUGGCACAACAGCCGAAGCCGACACAUCCAUUUAAGCCUGUACCCGAGCAAGAGCCAGCUUCUGUUGUCUGGAAGAAAAUCAGCUCUGGAGAAAGGGAAUUAAGGUCCCAGGACGUGCACUGAUUCUCUCUAAAGAAAACAAAUGGAACUCAAACUCUUCUACCUUCCACCCUGCAUCAAGAAACACUGUUGAUGAAAAGCUUUAAUGAAAGAGAUUCAAGUACCAGAAUGGUAAAAAGAUUCCUACGUGAUCUUAGGGCGUACAGGAACUGCAAAUUCUGUCAGUUGUAACUUACAUGGUGUCCUGUUAAAAAAAAAAAACAUCACUUAAGAAAUUUACUCUUUGCACUGUUCUAUUUCAGCCAAUUUUAAGUCUAAUUUGGCUCUUAAUUUAAUUUCCUACCCCAAAGUGUCCAUCUUUUUCCAUUCUAUUCAAAAUGCCUACUGCGUACUUAGCCGACAACAACCCCAAACCUGAUUUUUUUGGCACUGCCAAACUGUGAGUCCUAAUACCUACUCUACAGAUAUUUUAACCAUGGAAACUUACACUGCCUCAGUAGCACCUGUUAUAUGUAACAGCACAACUUUUAACCUAAAUGGAUCCCACUUGUGUAACGAAAGCAUGUCUUCGAGAUUAGCUGAUAAAUCAGAGCACCAACAGUACGUUAUUGGUCUCUUCCUCUCAUGCCUUUACACAAUAUUUCUUUUUCCUAUUGGUUUUGUAGGAAACAUUCUGAUACUGGUUGUCAACAUCAGCUUUCGUGAGAAAAUGACCAUUCCAGACCUUUACUUCAUAAACCUUGCAGUAGCUGAUCUCAUUUUAGUUGCCGAUUCCCUCAUUGAGGUGUUUAACCUUGACGAAAAGUAUUACGAUAUCACUAUUAUUUGUACCUUUAUGUCUCUGUUCCUUCAGAUCAACAUGUAUAGCAGCAUUUUCUUUCUGACAUGGAUGAGUUUUGACAGAUACAUAGCCCUGGCAAAAGUAAUGAGGUCCAACCUAUUCCGUACUAUGCAGCACGCUAGAUUAAGCUGCGGUCUCAUAUGGAUGGCGUCCAUUUCUGCGGCGCUGGUGCCGUUCACGGCCGUGCACUUACAACACACCGGAGAGGUCUAUUUUUGUUUUGCAGAUGUAAAAGAAAUCCAGUGGCUAGAAAUAACCUUGGGGUUUAUUAUCCCUUUUGUCAUCAUCGGUCUGUGUUACUCAUUAAUUGUCCGGGUCCUUAUAAAAGCGCACAAGCAUCGGAGUCUCCGUCUGCGGCGGCAAAAGGCUCUGCGCAUGAUCUUUGUGGUGGUCCUGGUUUUCUUUAUCUGCUGGCUACCUGAGAACGUCUUCAUUAGCGUCCAGCUUCUCCAGAAGAAAAACGAGCCUGCCUCUUCCAGCAGCCCAUCCUUCAGACACGAUUACCCUUUGACAGGACACAUUGUGAACCUGGCAGCCUUUUCCAACAGCUGCUUGAACCCCUUAAUCUACAGUUUCCUAGGGGAAACCUUCAGAGACAAACUGCGGCUCUACAUCGAGCAGAAGACCAAAAUGUCCACGUUGCAUCGCUUCUGCCAGGCUGCCUUAACGUCUGUCAUUCCUGACAGUAAUGAGCAAUCAGAAGUCUGAUUUUAGCAGUGGUUGUUUCUCACAUGUGACUGUGAAGUUGUGCACAUAGUGAACAAAAUGCUUGCUACUAACAGACGUGCGUGCGUGUGUGUAUAUAUAUAUAUAAAGUCACUCUACUGAGUAUUGACAGUUUAUA